AUGAAAUACAUAUGGAGAGGCGGUAUUCAACUUACAACUUACACCCAAUAUUUUGAAAUCGUACUCACAGUUCACGUCUUCUGUCUUCACGACCCUUCAGUGCACACGAAAGAAACCCUAAAUUUCGUUAACCCUUCUUCGCCGCUCACCUUCAUCGUCGGCCGUUCUGUUCAUCGUUCACUGUUGUCCGCCCGUUCGCCUUCUUCUCCGGCCGUUCUGUUCAUCUCCCGCUCACCUUCACCGCGCAACCCUUCAUCGCCGCUCACCUUCAUCUCUGGCCGUUCUGUUCGUCGUUCAUUGUUGUCCGCCCGACAAGCUAUUCAGUUACUGAUUGAAGUCAUGAGCGAUUCACAAAAUAAAGUGGGGAAAAAGAAGGGCAAAACACCGGUGGAUAUGGAUUCCGAUUCUAUCAAAGUCGACCUAGAAAAUGAUAGCUCUAUGAAUUUGGAAGAUGAUGAAGUUGGCUCUAUGGAGGUAGAUGAUAAAAAUGAUAGUGGUGUUAGAAAACCCAAGGCAAAGAGAUCGCGAAAGGAAAGAUCAGUUGUUUGGCAUUACUUUACCAAACAACAAAACAAAGCUUUAGGCGGAAAAGUUCCAUCAAAGUGCAACAAAUGUGGUCAUAUUCUCAUGUUUGAUAGUAAGCAAGGUACGGGAAAUUUUACUCGACAUAUAUCAAGCUGCUAUGGUACUACUUAUAAAUAUGUUGGUCAAAUGCUUUUAGAUACUGACAUGAAGUUAAAGGCAUCUAGGUUUAAUCAAAAUACGUUUCGUGAAAUGCUUGUUGCUGCUAUUGUGAUGCAUGAGUUGCCUUUGUCAUUUGUAGAAUAUAAGGCAUUUAGGGAUUUGUUUAAGUAUUUGCAACCCGAUGUGAAUGUCAUAUCUAGAAAUACGGUAAAAUCAGAUAUAUUGAAAAUGUAUAAGAAAGAAAAGGAAAAGGUGAAAGAGAUGCUUAAGGAAUCACCUGGCAGAUUAUGUCUAACUUCAGAUUUAUGGACUUCUAUUGCUACUGAUGGGUAUUUAGCAAUUACUGUUCAUUUUAUGGAUAAAGAUUGGAUUUUGAAAAAAAGAGUUUAUCCUUUUCCUUUAUGCCACCACCUCAUACCGGCAUUGCUUUAUGUGAAAAAGUGUUUUCUAUUUUAGUAGAAUGGGGCAUAGAAAACAAAAUAUUCUCUGUGACGUUAGAUAAUGCUUCUUCUAAUGACACUUUUGUUGGGCUAUUGAGAGAACAACUGAAUGCAAAGUCACCACUAGUUUCUAAGGGUAAUUUUUUUCACUUGAGAUGUUAG